AUGUCAGGGACAGAGAGCCAAAAAUGUGCCAGGUGGACGAAAUCGGGUGCCCCACCGAAGCACACCCCCCGCCCCGAGGGCGGGGCCAGGGCGGGGCCGGAGUCCUCCUGGCAGGUGCCGGGGGCGGUGCCCGGUCCUGCCCGCGGGGGCCGUUCUUGGAGGCCAGAGACGGGUCAGAGAAGCCGCCGGUGCGGGCUACGCCUUGGAACCCGCGGGCGGAGACUGCGGCCACAGACAGCGAAGCCCCAGAACCUGCUGCAGAACAGGAACCGAGGUCCCCAGGCCGAGCAGCGAGGUCCUGGUGUCCUCAGCAGAGAAGGGAGUCGAGGCCCCCGAGCAGGAGAGCGAAGUCCUCGGGGCAUCAGCCGGCCCGGAGGCCGGCUGUGCUCGGCCGCUCAGGGCCGGUACCCGGUGCUGGCCCGCGCCCCGCCGCCUGUCGUGCCGUCACUGCUGGAGCAGGAGGUGCGAGAGGUGCGCGAACGCGAGCAGGAGCUGCAGCGCCAGCGGCGCAGCGUCUACGGCACCGCCGAGUUCAAGGAGCCCGCGCCGAGCCUCACGGCGAGCAGGGGCGACGGAAAGUUGGCGGUGAUCUGGCCCCCCCGUAGAAAGGCCUCGGAGAACGGCCUGGAGAAGGAGGCGCGCAAACCUUGAGGUUUGGGCAGGCUGGGACCGCCGACCGGAAAUAACAUAACCGUCGGAAGAACCGAGACGGGGGACCCAGCAGUGCCCUCCGGAUCUGCAGGAAGCCUAGAGAAGGUCAGCCCUCUGUGCUGGGCAAGGUGAAAUUGACCAGCCCAUCCUUGAUCUUGACUUUGUGAAACUGAACGGUCCCCUCUAUAAAACUGUUCAGCCCCCGUUGGGAAAGUGACCACUGCCCACAACCCCGCCGGUGAAACUGUCCUUCUCCACCUAAUUGCAAACCGAACUGACCUCUUCCUUGACUGUUAAGAGGGCCGGGGUCA